AUGGAAGAUGAAGAAUCGUAUAUCAAGAUAUUUGAGACAUUCACGUGGAAGAUUACAGAAUUCACUCUAUUGAAGAAUGUUGCUAAGGUUUAUUCUGAGGCUUUCGUCCUUGGUGGUUAUCCAUGGAUGAUUAUUCUGUAUCCAAGCAGGAACUUCUUAAAUAUAUUUUUUAAGGCUGUGCAAAUGAAAGCUGACCAUAUAAGCGAGGAUUGGUAUAGAGAUGUAAAAUUUAAGUUGACUUUAGUCAAUCAGCUCGAUCCUAACAAAACAAUCACACGAGAGUAUAAGAACAAGUUCAGUGCAAGUUACCGAUCAAGGCGCUACUCUUUCAUGCCAAUAGAUGAGCUUUAUGAUCCUGAAAAGGGGUUUGUUUUGAAUGAUGAAUGUAUUGUUGAGGUUGAACUUUUUGUUCGUGAGUCGAAGCUUGAAAAUCAAGUGAACCAAGCAGCUAGCUUAGCAAGGCAUACCAAUGUGGAGGUUCUAACUAAUGAUCUUGAAGUUUCAUGGGAGGAGUUUAAGAAAUAUAGAACUGAUCUCACUUGGUUAGAGCCUCAUGUUCAAUCUGCUUUAGAAAUUAAAAAUUAUGUGGACAAAGCUUUACGUUUAGAAAAGUGGAAGGAGAAUGAAGCAGCUGUAGAGUUUGAAACAGAAAAGCUGAAGACAAAAUUGAUUGGUAAAUCUUGA